ACUGAAAUCACAGUAGCGACCACAGGAAGACUUGAACAAUGGAGAGCUUUUGGCAAAAGGCAAAAUCAUUAGCUGAAGAAGCAACAAAGAGAUCUCAAACCUUAACCUCUUCUCCGGUCAGAAUCGCUGACAUCGUCUCCGAGACCGCCAAGCGAUCCAAAGACAUUGCCGCCGAGGCUUCCAAGAAAGCCGACGAGUUCAAGACCGCCGCUCUUCUCUCACUCGCCGAUCAAAUCCCGUCUCUAUCCAUUACUUCCUCUGCUUCUUCUUCUGACUCGCCGUCGGAAUUGGACCUUGAAAAGUUCGGCAUCACUCAGGAUCUACGAGACUUCGUCAAAGGCCUCACGUUAUCCACAUUCCAGAAUUUCCCCUUUCCAGAUGAUUUGGUGUCUGAUGUGGCUACUGUCUCCAAUGUAAGGCAAGAUCUUUCAGAGUGGCAGCAGAAACAUGCAAAUCUAGUCCUCACAACUGUCAAGGAAGUGUCAAGGUUGAGAUAUGAAUUAUGCCCACGGCACAUGAAAGAUGGAAGAUUCUGGAGGAUAUACUUUACACUUGUGAGCACUCAUGUAUCCCCGUACGAAAGAAAGUUUGUGGAGGAGAGCAAACUAAAACAAAUAGCACAAAAAGAAGAUGAAAAUAUGGAUCGAACUCUAGUUGUUGGACCAGAAUUGGUGGAAGCAAGUCUGAAAAGCAAGACCUCUACAUCUGAGCAGGACUUGGAUUCGUAUCUUUUGGGAGAUCUUGAUGACAGUGAUGGCCAUCCAGAUGAUGAAGGCAAUGAUGCUUUUGUUGAUGAUGAUGAUGAUGAUUUUGACAAGAUUGACAAUUCUGAGAUUGAAGAUGGAAAGUAAGUGAAAGGGUAGAGAGCAUGAAUGAUGGAAAUUCGUAAGUUCGAUGAAAUACAUAAUUUAUUUAUUUGUCCGUGAUGUGAUGUGGGAAUGACUGAAUACCAACCUAUAUAUAUAU